AUGGAGAAAACCCCAUCCUCAUCGUCUUCUGCUACAUCGUCACCAUCGACCACUUCAAUGUCUUCAACACCAUCUUCCACCAUGACUACUCCAGCUGCUCCAAAGAGAUUUGCCAAAAAGAGAGACAUCUAUCAAGCGUUCGCUGAUCUUCUCGAUUCUCCUGACGAGAAACGGCGAAGAAUGGAGAACAAAAGAGCUGAUAGAGCAAAAGAAGCUGCCAGAAAACUUGCACUCCCCUCAAUUUCUCAACCAAAGGAAGAAACGAAGAGACCGAAAAGAAACUCCAUGGAUCAACUCACUCAUUUCAACUACGUCAUGAGUAAAAAGCUUUAA